CCCCCCCCGCUCGCUCUCGCCCUCGACCGUCCUCGCCCCUAGCGCUUCACACACCGGCGCGACUGGAAUCAGCUCCCAGACGCACAUACACAUACACACACACACAUGCGGCGCACGGUCAAUCGCGUCCGGCCGCUCAAGGGCACGGCCUCCACCACCACGCCCGUCGGCCUGGUCGCCCGAAGUAUUGGCGGCCCCGGGGGCCAGGGCGGCGGCGCCUUGGCCGUCCCGGCUGCCGAGGGGGACUCCUCCUCCGGCGGGUCAGGGUUCACCUCCGCCAGCGAGGGGCCCCCCGAAGAGGUGCCCGACCCCCUGGAGCGGGAGGACUCGCGCGUCCUGGACAUCCUCCUGCCACCCGGGUCGCCGGUGGACCGGCCGCACAUGCACCUGUCCCCGAGCUCGGAGCUGUUCGGCUCGCCGGGAUCCAUUCCUCUGGAUGAGUCGGACCUCCCGGAUGCCGAGCCGGAGCCCCUGUCCAGCAUGUUCUCCUCCUCGGGGCGCUGUCUGCGGCCGAUCCGGUUUUUCAUCCAGAAGUCACUGGACUCGGAUGAGUCCUUCAUCAUUGAUGAAGAUCCGCGCAUCUCCUCCAGCGCCUCUUCCAGCCUGCGUCUGAUCGGCGGAAGCAGCAGUGGCAGCGGUAGCGGGGCCUCCAGCGACGAUGAAGGCCCCGGGGAUGAGGAUGGCGGCAGCCUGUCGGACCCCGGCCCCGCAAGGUCCCCCUCGCAAGCUUCCCUGUCGAGCUCCUCGGAUAUCAUGGACCAUAUCUACAUCCGUCCGAUGGAAAUGCGCGACAUUGCGGCCUGCUUCCAUCUGGGCAACCGGGUAUUCACACGCAAUCGCCCAAACCUCUACCGGCUAUGGGAUGAAUAUGAGGUGAUUGGCUCCUUCAGCGGCGACACGGAACUCUGCUACAUCGCGGAGAUUGACGUCGAGCAGGGGGCCAGCAUGGAUACAUCCUCCCUUGAGCCGGGUACCCGUGCGAUGGCCAAGAAAAAGCUCGUCGGCUUUGCCUUCGGCAAUAUCCUUCUGAAGAAGAAUCACAUCAAAUACGGCUACUUGCACUGGAUUGCCGUGGACCCGGAGCACCAGCAGCGUGGCAUCGGGUCGCGUCUGUUCGAGCGUGCCCUGGAGCCGAUGCUUGAGGAGGGCGUGUCGCUGGUGCUGUGCGACACGCCGGACAACAACCUUGCUGCCAUUCAGUUCUUCCGGAAACUCGGCUUCACCGAUCCCAUCAAGCACGUCUUCAUGUCACGCCACAUUUGCGAUCAGGAGGACUGCCAACAUUACCGCCGCACUCCCAGCUCCGCCACAUCAUCGCCGGAAUCUUCAAAUCCACCCUCCCAGACGGGCAGCGCCAACAGCAGCCAGGGAGCAUUGUCCCCUCGGCGGCCGCCAGCGCCCCGCAUCUGUCCCAGCCCCAGCCUCGCGUCUGUCAAGACCUCGGCCGCCGGCCUGAUCGUUCGGGAGAUGACCAUCGACGAUCUGUAUGGCGUCUAUCUCCUGGGUGAGGAGGUGUUCGGUUUGAGCGCCUCGCCGAACAUGUUCCGCUUUUGGACCGAGUCCGAGGUUCUGGACCUCUUCGAGACGGACUCGGACUUCUGCUUCGUGGCCGAGCUCCAUGGGGAAAUCAUCGGCUUCUGCCUGGGGACCACCAUUCAAAAGUCGCGUAGCUCCUGGAAAUAUGGCUACCUGAUCUGGCUCGGCGUGUCGUCCAAGGCUCGCGGCCUCGGCGUGGGGAAGAUCCUGGCCGGCCGGUUCGAGCAGUCGGUGCUAAAUGACGGGGCCCUGAUUAUGCUGAUUGACACGCAGUCCGAUGCGCCGGCCGUGAACUUCUGGCGCAAGCUCAACUUCGGCUCCGAGCAGAAUCACGUCUUCAUGUCGAUGCGCAUCUCCGACUCUCGCUCCCCCACUCUGCCGGGCACGGGGCCUGCCGGCGCUGAUCCUUCUGGCUCGACCCCCUCGCCGCGCAUGUUCUUCUCGACCUAGACAUCGAACAUGGUCUCGGCCCUCCCUACUCCACCGAGUAUGGGGCCGGGAUACAUCUGAGAAGAAGGCGCGAAUGGCCCCUCGGCCGAGGCCCGUGCGAAUGUGCCUGCCUGCCCCUUGUCGGGCUGCACGCACACACACACACAACGAGUCACGCUUCUCUUGGUCGCGGAACUUGGUCCGCUCUCCACAUCCGCCUGCAAUAUAUGUUUGGAUUUACAUGCGCCUCCCGGCGCCCCGGCCCUCCUCCCCUCGCCUCGGUUCCUCUUUUUGCCUGGACCAAGCCUUGCCCCCAGCCAUCCCACCUCCUCCCGCACUCCGCUCCCUCCUCCCC